AUGUUUGACGACGACGAAAAAGACAAGUGCAAGUAUGGCUACGGCGUCGACCCCCAGGCGAAAGAUGUGCGCGUCCAGCUCAUUCUGUCGCUGGCCUUGGGCAUCUCAGCCCUGGUUACAUUUUGUAUUCUCCGCCCAAGAUGGCCGACACUGUAUGCCGCUCGAAAGCGCCGACUCGACCCCAAGAUAGACUUGCCUGCAUUACCGAAGACCUUGACGGGAUGGAUUCUGCCUCUGAUCAAGGUUACUGAAGAGCAGAUUCUGACAUCGGCUGGCCUUGAUGCCUUUGUGUUCCUUGCCUUUUUCAAAAUGGCCAUUAAAAUCUUCUGCAUCAUGGGCUUUUUUGCCGUCGUUGUACUUAAUCCGAUAAACCUACACUACCCAGGAUAUUCAGGUAUGCCAGGUAUACCUGGAAACGGGACCAUGGUAGCCCUGGAAGAAGACGACGGGGAGGAUAAGAGUACUGAGAAGUCAUAUCUCUGGGCAUAUGUCGUCUUUACGUAUCUAUUUGCCGGUAUGACUAUGUAUAUGAUCAACACCGAAACGGUCCGCGUCAUCCGCAUUCGACAAGACUACCUAGGCUCUCAGACGACAAUUACCGAUCGUACCUUUCGACUUACUGGUGUUCCCGCCAGACUGCGAUCCGAAGCACGCCUAACCGCAUUAAUUGAGAAACUGGGUAUCGGAAAGGUUGAGAGCAUCACUCUUUGCAGGAACUGGAAGACUCUUGACGACUUGGUUGACAAGCGCCAAAUCACUCUACUGAAGCUAGAAAAGGAAUGGGCAAAGUACCUCAAAACUCAGCACGAUCCUCAUGAUCAUAGCCAGGGGGAAUAUCGGAAUGAUGGGGCUACUGAGAAUGGUGACGAGGCUCCCCAACGCGACGAGGAGUAUGGCGGCGAAAACGAACGACUACUCGCAAGCCAACCCAACCAGCCGCAUGUGCUGGAAGGGCAGCGACCCCAGAUAUCUGUGUGGUAUGGCCCAUUCCACCUACGCAGUAAAACUGUGGACUCCAUCGAUUAUUUUGAAGAGAAGCUGCGCCGAAUCGAUGAAAUGAUUGUCGAUGCUCGUCAACAAGACUACGAAGCGACGGACAUGGCGCUCGUCACAAUGGACUCGGUUGCGUCUUGCCAAAUGUUCAUCCAAGCUCGAAUUGAUCCUCGACCUGGCCGUCUCUUGACCAAGGCUAUGCCCUCGCCAGCCGAUUUGAUUUGGCGCAACACGUAUACUCCUCGUGGCGUUCGCCGACUCAAGUCUUGGGCCAUCACUGUCUUCAUCGUCAUUCUAACACUCUUGUUCAUCUUCCCAACUGCACUCCUUUCUACCUGGCUGAAUAUUUGCAAUAUUAAAAAGAUCUGGUCCAGUUCAUUUGCGCUAUGGCUGGGAGACCACCCCAUCGUCAAGUCUCUCGUGCAAAAUGGUAUUCCUACAGUGGCUGUUUCGUUGCUCAACGUGGCAGUUCCGUACCUCUACAACUGGCUUUCCAACUGUCAAGGAAUGAUUUCACAGGGUGAUAUUGAACUCUCUCUCAUUUCAAAAAACUUCUUCUUUACCUAUUUUAACACCUUCUUUGUAUUUGCUAUUUCAAAGACGGCUGUCGAAUUCAUCGGUGCAUUGAGGGACUUGCUCAAAGACACAAGCUUAAUCCCCAGAACCAUUGCAGACCGCGUCGAGUCCAUGUCAACCUUUUACACCAGUUUCAUUCUCCUUCAAGGUAUUGGCCUCAUGCCCUUCCGCAUCCUGCAAGUGGGUGGCGUUUUUCUCUACCCGUUUUACAAGCUGUCGUCUGCCACUCCACGAGACUUUGAUUUACUCAAGAAACCUGGCACUUUUCAGUAUGGCUUCUAUUUACCAACUGCUCUUUUGGUCUUUAAUCUUUGCAUCAUCUACAGCGUCACCAAAGAUGGUGCUGGCAUCCUCGCGGCAGGAGUUGUGUACUUUACUCUCGGAUACUUUACCUACAAGUACAUGCUUCUCUAUUCUAUGGACCAACCACAGCAUGCUACGGGCGGUGCUUGGCGUCUUAUUUGCCGCAGAAUUGUCUUUGGCUUGGUGAUUUUUGAAAUCGUCAUGAUUGGCCAGAUUGCCACUCACGCAGCCUUUGUGCAGUCUGUUGCUGUUGUUCCCCUUGUACCCUUUACAAUCUGGUACAGUUACUACUUUACCCGCCGAUUCGAACCUUUGACAAAGUAUAUUGCGCUCCGCAACAUUCACUCCGAGGAUGCGGCAAGUGAUGAAGCUAUUUCCGACGAGGACGUGGACUCUGGAGCGGAUAGUUCACGACCACAGACUGUUCUUCGUCGUGGUAGCACCCUGGACGAGCUCCGAGAAGAGGGUCUGUCGUUUGUCAACCCGAGCCUCGUUAAACCACUUGUCCAACCAUGGAUCUACAAAGAUCCUCCUCCUCUGCCUAAUGACGAUACUCGCACAGAGUCAAGCUCGCAGUAUGGCCAGCCCACGUUGGUCCUUCCUAAUGCCGACAGUUCGCUCGGUAUAGGAGAAGACAAUGUGUGGCAGGAUGCUCGCCGCUCUUGA